GAAGCAGCCAAAACUGCUACAUCACGAAAACAGUGAACACAGUGAAAUCUUUCACGCUAACCUUUAUGAGAAGUACUGUAUUCGAAACACAGCAAAACUAAUUGUUUUUAUUUUUAUCGGAAUACUUUGUAACGCAUUCACCGCUCAGACAGUGGGGCAUAUAAUUUUAGAAUUAGCCGGUAUAGUUUCUGUGCUGAGACACUACAUUAGUAUUAAGUAUUGCGUAAAUAGUAAUAAAUAAAUUUCUUGAUUGCCAAUGGCAAAGACAGAAUUCAACUGAAGUCACCUAGCCAUUUUGUUGGUCUCAUUCCACCAGUUUUAAAAUUCAGUCCAUUCUCAAAUUCACGCUUAUGUGCAUCACAAGGAUGAAUAUAUUCGGUUUCUUGCAAACCACUCCAUCGGAAUAUAUCGAAAACUUUUCUCGCCAAAGCUUGCCGAACGCGACGCAUAGCUGCAAAUAUCCUUAUGAAUAUACGUUGGCGAAGUCCUUUACGGCGGAGUCGGAUUAUCAUGAUAGUUACAACGCUUGCUAUUCGUGCAAACCGGCAGUGUCAUGGAUGUCCGUCGAAAAAAGUAUUCGAAGCAAGGAAAAGGAAAAUCCUGCAGCAAUCCAGUUGCAUGCGCCAUUGGUAUCACCGAACUACAAUAAAUCAACUAGCAGAAAAACAAACUCAGACACCGCCAACACAAUGCUCUGUGGAUUACACUCCAAAAACACGUUUUUCUGAUUCAUACGUUAGCGAAUAUAGCACCGGAUUCGUACAACAUAAUUCGGCAGCAGCACAGAUGCUUCGCGGCACAACAUGCCGGCAGCGUGAUCAACCGUUAUGCAGUGGGCCGCUGCACACAGUCACCACAUCCCAGGAUUCCUUUCGAGACUUAUCACCGGCAUAUUUGCAUCCGGACCGAACCGGUUCCUUCCAAUACCAAAGUAGUCUUCGGCGAUCGCUCGGACAACCGCCCCACGGAGACAUUACUCCGCCCACUAGUUUGCCGAUCACUAACACAUGCGACAACGCCCAAUCAAAUCGUUUCACGUUAAGAGAUUGCGGCUUUCCGGAUUUCGCUCAACCAGAAAAUGUAUCCAUGUAUUCUCAAUCAUUUGUAAAAUCUCCAGAAAAUUACAAACCUCCGAAAUCAUGUAAAGGAAGCGGAGCACUUACUUCUGGUGGUGGACAUUUUUUUUCGCGAACGGAAUCGAAAGAAGCGUUCAAUGGAUUAGGCAUUGAUGAGCGCCAUCCGUUGACCUUUUCCAUUCCUUCGUGUCACCAGUAUGAGAGAGCUCAGGCGAAUUCCGAAAGCGUUAUGGAAAACAUUAACAGUGUCCGAAAACAUUUGUUGCGAAGCGCCAUGCCUCUUCUGCGCAGUCUUCCCGCCGGUAAUCCCGAUUUUUAUACAAUAAAGGAAAAGCACACAACCGACCAAGAAUGUAUUUCCAGCCUCCACCACGAGGCUAAAGAAGCUUCUGCUGCGAGAAUUUCAAGGCGUGUUGAUUGUUCACUUCCCAGUCAGUGUUCUUCGUUGACAAAAUUUGGGGACCAUACCACAUAUUCUGUAGAAUAUCCCUGGUUGACCGGACGCCGGCCAGAACCGCAACUUCCUUUAAACCACGAUAUGAAGUCUUUGAUCACUUACGACCAUAACGGACCAAGCACGAGCACUUACAAAGACGCAUACCUACAGCGGGAUUAUAUUCGACGGAAUGGAAUGACGGAAAAUGAUUAUCAUCUCAAAAAAGGAUAAUUUUCUCAUCUACCUUCUUCGCCUAUGCGUGACUCUGACGACUCACUACGAGAAAACCACAAACAUGUUGGCUGUUACGCCGACCGCGGCAUCUGCCAUAAUCUUAAUGCUCUGUACGAGUACUAAAGCCAUUUCUAUAAGGUCAUCAAAUAUCACACAGGCGCUCAGAUAUUAAGUAUGUAAACGCUUGCUUUCGAAAACACAUGGUCUUAUCAAGGUUUUGUGAUUCAAAGUGUACGUACAAGAAUAUAUUCGUACAAGAGUAGAGUAUUCUCAAUUUCAC